AUGAAUUUGUAAAUGUGAAAUAUAUGAAAAUUGUAGUGCUUUUGGUUAUACUUUANUUAUACUUUAUUAUUUAGGUCUUGCAUUAAACAAUUUUUAAAAAUAUUAAGAAGCUAUUGAAUGCUACGACAAAGUUAUUUCCAAUCAUCCAAAAGACUAUGAUGCUUGGAAUAAUAAGGGUAAAUAAAAUUGUUCGACAUUAUAUUUUAGGUUUUGCUUUUUCUAUUCCUUUGAUAGCAUUAGAGUUCUAAGAAAAUUAAAUAAAUAUUAAGAAGCAAUUAAUUGUUAUGACAAUGCUAUUUCUAUUAAUCCAAAUGGUGAUGAUGUUUGGAAUAAUAAAGGUAAUCAACUGCUAGACAUUGUUAUUUAGGUUAUGCAUUAUUACAUUUAAAUAAAUAUUAAGAAGCAAUUAAAUGCUACGACAAAGCUAUUUCCAUUAAUCCAAAGUUUGAUGCUGCAUGGAAUAAUAAGGGUAUUUAACACUUUGACAUUAUUAUUUAGCCAUUGCAUUAAAACAUUUAAAUAAAUAUUACGAAGCUAUUGAAUGUUACGACAAAGCUAUUUCCAUCACUCCAAAAUUUGAUGCUAUAUGGAAUAAUAAGGGUAAUCAACUGUUAGACAUUAUUAAUUAGGCAUGGCACUAAAAAAAUUAAAUAAAUAUUAAGAAGCUAUUGAAUGCUACGACAAAGCUAUUUCCAUUAAUCCAAAUGAUGAUGAUGCUUGGAAUAAUAAGGGUAAUAAAUUGUUCGACAUUAUUUUUUAGGUUCUGCUUUAUUCAAUUUAAAUAAAUAUCAAGAAGCAAUUAAAUGCUUUGACAAAGCUAUUUCCAUAAAUCCAAACGAUGAUGCUGUAUGGAGUAAUAAAGGUAAAUUUUUUUAUGAUUAAGGCUUGGCACUACAUAUGUUAAAGAAAUAUAAAGAUGCUAUCUUUUGUUAUGAUAAAGCUCUAGCCUUUAACAUUACUUCUCUUAGAUUACAACGAAAAGGUACAUUGUUUUAACUUUAAUUUAUUUUCAGCUGAUUCUCUAUUAGAAUUAGGGAACAAAUAUGAAGCUAAGCAGAAUUAUCUGGAAGCAUUGCAAAAAGGAUCAAACGAGAAGAAUUAUAUACAGAAAUAACUAUCAAAGUUAUGA